CAUAUGCUAUCCCCCCAAUAUAACUGACCAUUUUCAUCUUGCAAGCUUCCCAUCAUAUACCAAUCCAUCCAUCUAUCUAUCACACUUGCCAAUUGCGAAUUGCCAGUUGCCAGAUCCAUAUUAUUCUUCGUUCUGUUUGGUGUUACUUUUUGGAUUUUCUUUUUCUCUCUCUUUCUCUUUUCUGGUGUUGCCUAUAGCUCUAUGAAAGGAUGAGGGAUCGCAUGGAGAGGCUAGUGGUUCUUCCUUUCUCUUUUGGCUGUGUUUCUCACUCCAGUGUUGGUGUUGUUGCCUCAUCAAACCAAUCCACAAAACCAUUCAACCCUUCUUCUGUAACAAGAAGCCAAGAAGAAAGAGAAGAGAGCCCAUCUGGGGUGAAAAUGAAGACUUCCUGGGGUUUCUUCACUGUCCCAAAGCCUAACAUUUCCAAUGGAUUACACAGACUGGUGAAGAGUUUCAAGAGCUUGUCUCAUAUAUUUGUUAAUGUAGUGUACAAGGAAAAGAUGGAAGAUGGGGAGAUGGAGAUGGAGAUGGAGAUAGGGUUUCCAACUGAUGUGAAGCAUGUCACUCACAUAGGAUGGGAUGGAAGUGCAACUGCUGUAACCACAAACUCUGCUCUGAAGGGCUGCUGGGAUCACAAUCUCACCACCACUCCUCCUCCAGACCUCCUUUCCUUCCCUUCAAUUUCUCUGAGGCAGUUUGAGCUUGCCAUGGCUGCCCAGGCUGCUGAUCCUCAUCACCAUGGCCCCAUCUGUCUCACGACCACCACCAACUUUGCUUAAAACAGACAAUAUUAUUGUGAUACAGUACUCACGCACACACACACACACACACACACACACACACACUUUCAUGAUGGUGAUGAUCAUAAGGCGAACAUUAAUGUUGAAAUGAUGGUGAUGUAAGAUUGAUGAUGAUUAUGAUGAUUUGAUGAUUGAUGCAAGAGAAAAGAAGUCAUGUACAAAGAGAGAGAUAAAGACUCCAACAGUUUGCAUGCAUGAAGUGUUCCCCAUUUUGAUUCUUUUUUCUUCCUUCUUAAUUUGUAAUUUUGGGGGUUUCCCAUUCUUCUCUUGUCAAGAUUUAGGUUUCAUUAAUAUUGGCUUGGCAAAUGAUGACAGUGUCUCCAUGCAUGGAAAAAAAAAAAAAAAACAGAGAGAAAACAUAGAAUUCUAAUGGGUUGUGUAUUCUAGCCAGGCAUAAUGUUCUUUAAUUCCCUGUCUUUUCUUUUCCUUGUUAUGAUUCAAUUUUGAAGCAUAUAUAAGUAGAGUCUUAACUUCCUCA